GCCAUCUUGGAGCACAUAGGCUACCACGGAAGCGCCCUGAAAAUACCCACAUUUUAAACACCGACUUACCGAAUACAAAUUUUACACUUCCACAAUUUCGCUUUCGAUAAUUUCUCACAUGUAUCAUGAUACCAACGCUUGCAAACGAAGCAUUGAUAUUGUACGUGCUCCCGUAUACAUUUCGCACUUUAACAGACACUCCAAUUAUUAUUUUCCAGAAAGCAAAAUUCAUGCAUCGAAAUGUCAGAGUAUAUGAGUGGCGACGAUGCAGUGCGACAACGUUCCAAAUGUGAUUGAAUUUUUGUUGACUCCGACUUGUUCAAUCUUCCAUCUGGGCGUUUUGAAGAGGUACAGGAAAGCUGGUCUAUAUUGUGAUUUUACGAUCAAAGUUGGUUCAGAAAAAUUCCGAGUGCAUAAGAUUAUUUUGUCUACUGCAACUGAUUAUUUCAAAUUAAUGUUUCGACAUGAGACUGUUGAGACUCUGUCAGGUGAAGUUGAUAUCCAGGGCUUCAGUUCGGAUACUAUUGAGAAAGUUAUCGAGUAUAUGUAUACUUCCAAAUUCCCUAUUGAUGAAACAUCUGAUAUCGCAUCAUAUAUGCAAUCUUCUCAUAUGUUCCAACUGGAAAAAUUAUGUGGUGUCGUCACUGAAUACCUGGAAAGGAAUUUGGGCCCCAAGUCAUACUUCAUCACCAUAAAUAUCUCGAAGUUGUACGAUCUGAAACAGCUUGAAGCAAAAUGUGAUAAAAUUGCUUCCAACAACUUCGCGAAAAUUGCAGAACUGGAUGAAUUCAAGGAAAUAGAUGAAAAACAGUUGGUGGGAAUGAUCAAGGCCAAGGAAAACACGGCGACUGAAGAGGAAAAAUGCUUGGCUUUGAUAAAUUGGACAAAAUUCGAUAAGAAGAAACGUUCAAAGGGGUUUGUCAAAUCUUUCAAGCAAUUUGAUUUGACUAAGAUAUCACUUUCAUUUCGCAGAAAUCUUCUUGAGCAAGAUAGUCUGAUUGCUGCAAAUCCAGAAACUCUUCGAAUUGUAGCAUUGUCAGUAUUCGAUAGCAAGACCUCCGCAUCCAGUUCUUCUGCAUCAGCUGCUUCUGCAUCAGGUUCAAAAGAUGACGCAUUGGUCGUUUUUGACAAGACCUCUCUCCAUCUCAAACAGUUCAAUCCAUGGUCAAAUGAAUGGAAGCAAAUGCAGAAAAUGAAUGAAGAUAUGAAGUCGAAAUGGUUCUCUGCUAUUGCAUUGAAUCAGCAUAUCUAUGUCUUAGUUCAAGACAACUCAUUUUAUCGACUCAAAUAUGUCGAUGUUAAUGCUACAUGGGAGGAAUUGAAGAAUCCGUUGGAAGAUCAUGGCUGGAACCCACCAAUGACUUUGGUUGAUGGUGAGAUCUGGAUUGUUGGUGGAUGUAGUCUAUCUAGCACAACAACAGUGGAAAAGUAUGAUUCUCUGAGAAACCAGUGGACAAAGAUGAAGAGCAAGAAUGUUAAAUGUGUUGGGCCUGCAGUCAUCUGCAUGCAAGGUAAGUUGUCUUCAAACCAGGAAAGUUUUCAAAACUAGUGAAGUUUUAAUGACGAAAAAAGAUGAAGAAUAGAAUAAAAAAUUUUUUAUUAAAUGUACUUAACAUGCUGAUGGAGAUAUAUCUCUUUUUGUUGAAAAAUCCCAUCAAAUGACUGUUUAAAACUGAAUAAAGUGAAGCGUCGUCUAC